AUGCGCAUUCACCUUAAUCUCCCGUCUUCGUCAGGUGCUGGGCCGUCUCGGACUGGACGCAUCGAUGCGCCGGCGCCGCUCACCGCGCUCACACCCAACGGCGAGCUCGUCCUGAUCGAGCUGCAGGGCGAGCUGGAAAUCGACCACCAGCAUCCCGACGGCAACCAGCUGCUGGGCACCAUGAGCUUUGAGCCGACACGGCCGGAUCGACCGGUGCUCAUGAUCUCGCACCACCGGCUCGAGGGUAAAUUCGUCAGCCUUGCGCGUCCGCUUGCCGUGCUGGAGAAGAAGAUUCGUCCCGAUGCGGCCCAGAAGCACGUGCUGGUCGACGUGGGCAAUGCAAAGCGCAGAGCCGGUGAUCCAGAGCGCGGACAGGAGAAACGACUAAAGCUAGAAAGCUCACCACCACCAGAACCUGUGUCGCCAAGAAGAGCAAAGGACGCAUUGGAUUUCAGCUCGAGUCCUCCCCGACCUACGCCAAUGGAGAAACCGUCCGAACGAGCGAAUGCCCUCGACGGAAUCGACGAGGCAACCCCAGACGACGACGAGGAGGACGAAAGACAGACUGCAGUGUACUACGACGUGGUCAGCGUCAUCAGACGCAAGAUCUUGUUCAACAAACGCCCCGAACCCAUCGUCCGACUCGAUGCAACCCCUUCCAAACCCUAG